UAUUGGAGAUGCUUAUUGUGUCGCUGGUGGAUUACAUAAAGAAACUCAAACACAUGCUCAACAAAUAGCUUGGAUGGCAUUAAAAAUGAUUGAAACUUGUUCUCAGUAUCAAACUCAUCAGGGCCAGCCCAUAAAAGUAAAUGAGGAUUGGCUUGCAUACAGGACCGGUUUUAGCUGGUAUUGUUGGUGUUAAGAUGCCCCGUUACUGCAUGUUUGGACACAACGUAACUGUUGCAAAUAAAUUCGAAUCUGGAAGUGAACCUCUUCGAAUAAAUGUUAGUCCUACAACGUUUCAGAGACUAACAAAAACUGCAGGCUUCAUAACAGUGGAACGUGAUCGGAAUUGUCUUCCAAGAGAUUUUCCUUCACAUAUACCUGGAACGUGCCAUUUUUUGAUAGGAUAUAGACAUCCUAAUGUAUCUCAUUCUGAAUCAAUAUCUAAACAUAUUGAGGCUGGUUUACGUGAUAUUGGACUAAAUUAGAUUUUUCUCAGUAACACAAUAAUAUUGUUCCUGUUAUG